AUGCCUGGAAAGACACCCGACAAGGAACCUGCCAGAGGAGGGAACAACAACAACAACAACAACAACAAAAUGAAGGGCAAGGGAAAGAAGGGAGAGGAUGAGAAGAUGACGGUUGUUGUGCCGCCGAGCAAGAAGAAGGAGGAUGUGGAGGGGGAUGUGGUGGUUAUGGAGGGGGUUGAGAAUGAGGGGGAGGGGGAGGAUCCGGUUGAGAAGACUGUUGUUGACAUCAAGAGCAACUUCGCCCUCUUGGACCGUGCCGUCGCGCUUUUUGAUGCUCGAUUCACCCUUCGUGCGCUGCGGUCGGUGUCGUCGAUUCGGAAACGGCUGACGGGGGAUAUUUUGGCGAGGGUUGUUGCUGAGACGUACAUGGCGAGUUCGUCUGGGGCCGAGAUUGCGGUUGGUUUGUUGAAGGCGAUUGGACGGGAGGAGGUGCAGCUGGGUGGGAAGGUGGGAGGAGGGGGCGGGGAGAUGGAGAUUGACAGUGAGCCGACGACCAAGGCUGGUUCUGGGAAGAAUGGGGUGAAGAAGGAGCAGAAGGAGGUUAUUCCCGAGAUUGGUGUCUUUUUGGGCAUUCUCACGCAGGUGUUGCUGCAUGACGGCAAGCAGUGGCAGCAGGGGCUGGAGUUUUCGAGGUACCUGAUUGAGAAGAUCCAGGAGCUCAACCGUCGUGCGCUUGAUGGGCUUUCGGCCAAGGUGUACUUUUACUUUGAGCUGUUUGCCGAGCAGCUUGCGCCCUUGCCGCCGUCGUCGCAGUCGACGAUUGUGGCGAUUCGGCCGACGCUGCUUGCUGCGCUGAGGACGGCGGUUCUGCGCAAGGAUACGGACACGCAGGCUUCGGUUAUUGUGCUGCUGCUCCGGAGCUACCUGUUGACGUCGCACAUUUCCCAGGCGGAUUUGUUGGUUUCGCACACGCAGUUUCCCGAGAAUGCGGCGAAUAACCAGGUUGCGAGGUACUUGUACUAUCUCGGCAAGGUGCGGGCCAUUCAGCUGCUUUAUACUGAGGCUCACAACCACUUGACCGCCGCCACACGCAAGGCGCCUUCUAGCGCGUGUGCUCUUGGGUUCGGCCAGACUGCCACCAAGCUGUUGCUUGUGGUUGAGCUGUUGAUGGGCGACAUCCCCGACCGCGCGACCUUUCGACAGCCUGCCAUGGAGGCUUCGCUCCAUCCUUACUUUUUGCUCGUCCGGGCUGUCCGGGUGGGUGAUUUGGAGGACUUUGAGAGCGUUGUUGCUCAGCACGGGGACACCUUCCGCCGGGAUGGGACGUAUACUCUUAUCUUGCGCCUGCGCCAGAACGUCAUCAAGACGGGGAUCCGGAUGAUGAGCUUGAGCUACAGCCGGAUUUCGCUUCGGGAUAUCUGCAUCCGGCUGCAUCUUGGCAGCGAGGAGAGCGCCGAGUACAUCGUGGCCAAGGCGAUCCGGGAUGGGGUUAUCGAGGCGACGCUGGAUAGGGAGAAGGGGUACAUGAAGAGCAAGGAGGUGGGGGAUGUUUACGCCACGAGCGAGCCGGGGGAGACGUUUCACGAUCGGAUCAGGGCUUGUUUGAGUUUGCAUGAUGAGAGUGUCAAGGCUAUGAGGUUCCCUAUGAACCAGCACCGUCUUGAACUCAAGAACGCUCAGGAGGCGAGGGAGAGGGAGAGGGAGAUGGCGAAGGAGAUUCAGGAGGGGGAUCUGGACGAGGAUGAUUUGGGGGGGGAGUUUGAGGGGAUGUAAUUUGGGGGCUGGGUGCGUGUGUCGGGGACGUUUACUGUAGUUUUUUUAACCUCGUUUUCUUGCUCCAGUCUCUGGUCUCUCUUUUUGAUGUUUCUUGUACCUUUACAACUUACACUACCAUAUUGGGGAAGGGUGG